AUGCUCUUCCAGCCUUCUCAAGUCUUUGUUCUUGCCCUCGGGCUUUUGUCUGCCACCGCUAUCGCCGCGCCUACGGAGAUGGUGGAGCCCCGUGCUGAGGUCCUCGACAUCGGUGCUUGCUACAGCUCCAAGUUCACCUGCGCCUUCCAGGGAUGUCUUGCCGGAUACACUUGCUCUCAGCACACCGGUGGCACUGACUACUGCUGCAAAUACGCUCACUGA